AUGCUCAAAAGCGUCUCCCAACCGCUUCCAUACACGAGCUCGCCGCUCAAGCUUGCUUUGUCAGGUGUUCCUGUUCCGCUCUUGGGAUGGACGCCUACAUGUUUGAUCAUUAUCGUUGGCUUUGUGGUGGGUAACAACUACUUUUGCACUCUACUCAAUGGCACAGAACGACGUUUUGAAAGCUAUGUCGACCAGUCAUGGGAGAAACACGACGAUGAGAGGUGGAUCUUUGUCAAUGGCGUUGCAGCAGGAAGUCAUUGGAUGCAGAGUAACCUUGACAGGCUAGCGUUGACAUUUCGCAGACCGGUACAUGGCAUCCACAACAAGACACGUGGAAUAAUCUUCGAUGUAAUUGAGACGAUAAUCCAACGUACUUUUGGGUAUGCUACGCCGGACAUUAGGGAGGUCUAUGCGGAUGUCGUCAAAGUUAUCGAAGAUGAACGGGACAAAACAGCGAGGUACAAGAAGAUUGUACUGAUACUGCACAGUCAAGGUGCUGUCGAAGGCGGAUUGGUCUUAGACUGGCUCUUCGCCGCCGUUAGCAGGGAGCUUCUGCAGAAAUUGGAGGUCUACACUUUUGGCAGUGCUGCCAAUCAUUUCAAUAGUCCGGAAUUCGAAGAUGGCACCAGAGUGAUACAACAUAUUGAACAUUAUGCGAAUCUAGGAGAUUAUGUCAGUCUGUUCGGAAUCCUUCAUUUCAGACCUCUACCUUUGAAAGCACACCACCAGCCAGGUCAGGUCCAGGAAAAGAUCGUGAACCGGUAUGUGGGUCGAUUGUUUGCUCGUGCGGGCAGUGGUCAUCAGAUGAAUGGAAACUACCUGGACAACUUUUUCGAGAUGGAUCUGGACAAGAAUGGCAGGCCAAAUAAGGUGAAGGAGAACAACGAAUACAUGGAUGGUGUGCUUAAUGAAGAGCUACUAGAAGGCUAUCAGAUCAUUGGCAAGGUAUCGGAGAGGGAUGUCUGGGAUUGUGGUGGUCAGCGUGAGCGUACAGAACGAGCAGAUGGAAUGGCCAGGAUGAUCAAGGACGAGAGCCGACUCUGGCGAUAUCGCAACGGCAUGUCACCAUCAGAAUGA